CUGUUGUUUUGGAAAAUAAUUAAUUCGUGAAUUUUUUUGGUGUUUCUCAUUGCUGAAGUAAUGGGCAUUGGUCUUAGCAGAGACAAAGUGGAGCCGGAGCUGAGAAACUUUCAAAUGUCAGGAUCAGAAGAGAGUGCAGGUGAAGAAUCGAAAUUCAAAAACCGAUCGUCUACAGACGUUUGUUUUUUGAUUGCAUUACUUCUGUUUUUAACAACAUUGAUAUGUUUCUUGGGUUAUUGCAUGUUAAACGGGAGCAUUUACCGUGUAAUAAACGGUUAUGAUAACUGCGGAAACAUUUGCGGAAAGUUAAAUAACUUCAACGAUAAAAAGGAAAUUGGAGCGGAAUGUUACGGAAAAAGCAAAAUAAACGAACCAUACCAUAUAGUGUUACGCCAAAAUUCCACCAAAGAAAUAAAUAGAAUGUGUAUAUCAAAUUGCAACAAGUACGAUGGAUACCGAAAGUUUUUCAACAGAUGCAUCCCCACAAAGACUCAAACCGUGGUCAAUACCUUAUUUUCCAAGACAGGAUUGAAGAAUUUCUUCACGGAAGUUUCGGAGGAUUUUCAAAUUUGCUGGACCGAAAUUUGCUACCUCUGCCUCAUCGCUUUAGCUCUGUCUAUUAUACUGUUGAUAUUGUUCAGAUAUCUCGUCGGUUUAGUAGUGUGGAUAGUACUUUUGGGCUCUGUGGCAGUCAGUAUAAUCGGCACUGUGGUUUUAUGGGUUCUCUGGAGGAAUUCCAAGAGCAAUCACGAUAACACUCCUUCGUAUCUCAUACCUGAUGUAGAUACCGAAACAAGCCACACCUACUUGGUGUUCGCCAUUUUGUCCACCAUAGCCACCGUGAUCAUUUGCUUGAUCAUAUUCGUGAUGAGAAACCGCAUCAAACUAGUCGUACAAUUGUUCGAGGAAUCCGGUAAAGCCAUUGCGGCUAUGCCUGUACUGCUCUUUGAACCAGUAUUAACGUUUCUAUUUUUGGCGAUAACUGUUUCUCUUUGGUUCUACUUCUGCUUGUGGAUAGAAAGCGCUGGAAGAUUAACGGAAACCCAACCGAACCUCUACCAAUACAAGAAAGAUGGUUGGAUGAAAUUCACCAGAUGGUACAACUUCUUCGCCAUGUUGUGGAUGGCCCAAUUUGCCAUCGGUUGUCAGCACAUGAUCAUAGCCGGAGCAGUCGGAAUAUGGUACUUUAAAAGGAACAAAUCGGCUCUGGGAACCCCGGUGCUUCAGAGCGCGGAGAAUCUGAUCAGAUACCACAUGGGAUCGGUGGCGUUGGGAUCGUUUCUGAUAGCGCUGGUGCAAUUCGCCCGGCUGCUCUUGAAAUUCGUCGAGAAAUAUUUGAAAAAGCGGGAGGGAAAGUGCGCGGAAUGCAUGCUCAAGUGCUGCAAUUGCUGUCUCUAUUGCUUCGAGAAAAUUCUGAAGUAUAUAUCGAGGAACGCCUACAUUCAAGUCGCAACGCAUGGUUAUCCAUUUUGUAAAGGGGGCCAACAGGCAUUCAAGUUGCUCUCUUCCAAUGUCCUUAGGGUGGCUGCUAUUAAUUCAGUGGGGGAUUUCGUCCUGUUUUUGGGAAAAGUGGUCGUAGUGAUAGCCACAGUGCUCAUAGGGAUUAAAAUGUUGCAGUACAAAGAUGGCCUUCAACAUAUGUGGGUACCCGUUACUUUGGCAGGAUUAUUCGCUUACUUCGUGGCCCAUUGUUUCAUGACUGUAUAUGAGAUGGCUAUUGAUACAGUAUUCCUGUGCUUUUGCGAGGAUUGCGAGCAUAACGACGGGGAAUCGAGGCCUUAUCACAUGUCCAGGGGCCUGAUGGAGUUCGUGGAAAAUUCGAAACGUACUUUGGACAAGCGCAGUAAAAGACCAGACCAAACGGAGGCUGAUAAAAAUGUGCCCAGUAUUAGCGGGGAUAUGAUGAAGAAUUUUUCUGGAUAAAAUCGAAAUUGUUUGCUUUGAGUGGUUUUAUGAUUUUCGUGGACUUUUCGCGGAUAUUUUUAUGAAAAAAUUCGCGGAUUUCUUCAUGGGAAAUCUUGUAUAUUUGUUAUUUUUGAUACUAUUUAUUUUUAUAUUAUUCCCUAUAAGAUGCUCUCUAUUUUUUCAGAAAAAUCAUUAAAAUUAACGAAACUAAUAAGCAUGAUUUUUGAUGAUUUCGAAAUGAUUUUUUUGUAGAAUUUUAC